CAGAGGGGGCGCUGAGCUCAGAGCUGCCGCAGCGCCCGAGCGGGAGCCCGAGCCGGAACCGGAGCCGGAGCGUGCGGUCCCGCAGGGCGCAGGGCGCGAUCCGCGGCUGGCGACGCACCGAAGGCCCGGGCAUCGCUGCGCCCCGGCUCAGGGCCCGCGCCCCGCCUGCUGCCGACCGACCUGGGCACUUAGCGAGGCCCCGAUUCCCCCAUCCGCCCCAAGCCCACCCCAGCCCGGCCUAGCCGAGCCCCUGCGUCCGCUCGCCGCAGCCGCAGCCACUCCUCCAUCCCCAGCCCGGGCCCAGCUUGCAGGCCGCCAGGAUGGACGUGUUCAUGAAGGGCCUGUCCAUGGCCAAGGAGGGCGUCGUGGCCGCCGCGGAGAAAACCAAGCAGGGUGUCACCGAGGCCGCGGAGAAGACCAAGGAGGGCGUCCUCUACGUCGGAAGCAAGACUCGAGAGGGGGUGGUUCAAGGAGUGGCUUCAGUGGCUGAAAAAACCAAGGAGCAGGCGUCCCAUCUGGGAGGAGCUGUGUUCUCCGGGGCUGGGAACAUUGCCGCAGCCACGGGCCUGGUGAAGAAGGAGGAAUUCCCCGCUGAUCUGAAGCAGCCAGAGGAAGUGGCCCAGGAAGCUUCUGAGGAGCCACUGAUUGAGCCCCUGAUGGAGCCAGAAGGCGAGAGUUAUGAGGAACCGCCCCAGGAGGAGUAUCAGGAGUAUGAGCCAGAGGCGUAAGGGCCCAGGACGGCCCCCCACCAGCAGCACAAUCCCUUCCCUGUCCCCUGCCCCAUCCCCCAGAACCAGGGCUGUCCUUCUACCCCUUCCCUCCAAACACAAGAUCUUCCUUUGCUCCAAGGGGCCCCCUUGGAGCCUGUGUUGGUGUCUGUCCAUCUGUCUGUCCUACCCGCCCGCGUGGAUCCCUGGGGCCUGGACAGGGCCGGGGCUGCAGCCGUGGCUGGUAGCUCCGCCCCACCUAUGUUGCCUCCAACCCACCCUUCCCCGUCCAAUGUCUGCGCGGAUGUAGCAUGUUCUAUGUAUUUUUAAAAGAAGAUCAGAAAGCAACGGCUCCCCCACACACUCCCAACAGAGGCUCUCUGAGGGUCCUCUGGGCAGCCCCAGAGUCUCCCACCCGACUCCCACAACGACCCCAAGAACCUUUUUUUUUUAGCCAAACCAGGAGCCAGGCUGUGCCAUGCCCCCUCCCUCAGCCAGCCCAGUCCGAACGCGGGCGUCGUGUGUCGUGAUUGUGGCAUGGAGAGCUCCCCAACCCCCGUGUGAGCGUGUCCUGGGUGGGCGGGCCCGGGUGCCUCCCCGCUCCGCGUGUCCACGAAUAAAGCCAAUCUGUCUGUA